UUUUUUUUUUUUUGCUUUCACAGAUCUUGUUCCAAAGAUUCGGUAACAUGGGUAUCGAGGAACAAUUCAUCCUCCUCUCUUUGGGGCUCGUCACCAUUGGAGUGAGAAUGGGUGUACGAAUUCGACAAGUUGGAUUUGGAGGAUGGCAAUUAGAUGAUUAUCUGAUGCCUUUUACAGGUCUUGUCUUCACUGCAGAGACGGUAGCAGCAUAUCUCGUCGGUGCGAAGUUCCAGGGCCUUACGAAUAGUUACAUGACGGAUGAAGAACGCGCAAACAUCGAUAUGAACGGUGAAGAGCAUUAUAAUCGGGUUUGGGGAUCGAAGAUUCAGGUGAUAGGCUGGUCCUUUUAUGCUUGUAUUCUCUGGUCGCUCAAGUUUUGCGUUACUGCUUUUUAUGGGCGUCUCACGUAUGUUUCUGGCUGUUGGUGUUGGGGGUAUUUGCUGACAUUUCACAGUUCUGGAUUGACGCAUCUCAAGACUCGAGUAACGAUCGCAUAUAUUAUUCUCGGUGUUACAUACGCUGUUGUUGCGCUUACGAUUCUACUGUCUUGCCAGCCUUUUCAUCACUUUUGGCAAGUUUCGCCAGACCCUGGACUUCUUUGCCAACCGACAAAAUCGCCGGCUUAUGUGUUGGUUGUCGUUAUUCCCAACAUCUUGACGGAUAUCUACUUGCUAUCUAUUCCACUACCUCUUCUUUGGGGCGUCAACAUUAGUUUGCGACGCAGGCUCACGCUCAUGCUCCUCUUCAGCGGUGCUCUCUUCAUCAUGAUGGCGGGUACAAUUCGCGCCGUGACAAUUCUCACAGCCGGUCCAGAUGGUGCAGUCGCAGGUAGUCAAUGGGCAUGCCGCGAAACCUUUGUCGCAAUAAUCGUCACAAACCUCCCCAUAAUCCAACCCCUCAUCCGCAAAGGCGCCAGCAUGAUCGGUCUCAGCGUGCUCUUCAGCCGCGGCACAAAAUCCGCAUCGCAAAGCCACCAGCUCCGCAGCAGCGAAAUGGGCGGGAGCCGUUUCAACACUAGUCGCCGCAGAGGACCAGGUAGUUCGCACCCGCUAGCAACGGUUCCCCAGACCACGGCUUGGGCCAGCGAUGAGCACAUCCUCCCUGAAGCUGGGAAACCUGCUGGGGCUGGGGGCGGUAUCGUGGUUGCGCAGGAGAUCAGCGUGCAGUCUGAGGUUACUACGGAGGGUGAUCGUGGGAGGAAAGGGCCGGAGGGGAAUGACUGGGGGUACAAGACGAGUGUGUCAAGGAGUCCAUAAGGGUUUGGCUUGGCUUGGGCAUCAAUGAUGAGAAAAGGGAACUAGCGCUAGAAUUAGAGAUGGGAGUAACUUGGCCGCAAGGACUUAUUCUUUUCUACAACUAUACUAUAACAAUUAAUGUUAAUGCAAAAAGACCUUCUCGAAUUGUCCUGUGCUGGAAGAUUUUGCGUCGCAAUUUGUUUGGGAAAUUAUCCACUCA